AUGGACGAAAACGCCGUUCUCAACAGCAAUCAGGUCUGGAAAGAGAACGAGCUGAACAACAAGCAAUCCAUAGCCCCGGCCACCCACUCUGCUGCCUCAUCCGAUCCCCCAAACAUCGCGACGAUGACGGCCCACGACUUCGAACCCUUGAAAAACGACCUCCUCCUUCGUACCGCACGAGGCGAGAAGGUCGAACGUCCUCCAUGCUGGGUCAUGCGCCAAGCAGGUCGCUACCUGCCCGAAUACCACAAGGAAAAGGCAAAUCAUGACUUCUUCGAAUGUUGCCGGUCUCCCGAAAUCGCCUCCAACCUCACCCUCCAACCCAUUGAUCGCUUCGAAAGCCUCAUAGACGCCGCGAUCAUCUUCAGCGACAUCCUCGUCAUACCGCAAGCAAUGGGCAUGGAGGUCGUCAUGCUGGAUGGGAAGGGUCCGCAUUUUCCGGAUCCAUUGGGCAGUCCGGAGGACAAGCAGUACUCUGAGAUCAUGGAGAGGAAAGUCGAUGUCGGGGAGAGUCUGCAAUACGUGUACGAUGCGAUUACGAUGACGAGGCACAAAUUGAAAGGCAGAGUGCCGCUGUAUGGCUUCUGUGGAGCGCCAUUCACGCUGCUUUGCUACAUGGUCGAAGGAGGAGGAACGAAGGUCUUCAAGCAAACCAAGACCUGGAUCUACAAAUACUCGGAAGAGUCGAAGAAGCUGUUGCAGAAGAUUGCGGAGCUGUGUGUGGAAUACCUGGCGAAGCAGGUGCUUGCUGGGGCGCAGAUUGUGCAGAUUUUCGAUUCCUGGGCGGGAGAGUUGAGUCCGGCUUCGUUCAAGGAGUUUGCGCUACCAUAUCUCACGUACAUUUGCGAUAAUCUAGCGACGAAGCUGAAAGAGCUUGGUGCAGAAGUCGUGCCGAUGGUGGUAUUUGCGAAAGGCGCUUGGUAUGCGAUUGAGGAUCUUUGCGAGACGAAGUAUGAUAUUAUUGGCCUAGAUUGGCUACAUGAUCCCAAGGAAGCUUAUGCUAUUGCUCAAAAGUACGGAAAAGUUGUGCAAGGUAAUGCGGAUCCUGGUGUUCUUUAUGGCGGCCACGAGGCUAUUACGAAGGUUGUGAAAGAGAUGGUGGAAGGCUUUGGUGGUGGUAAGCAAGGCUGGAUCGCGAACUUGGGGCAUGGUACGUGUUGACUUACAUUGGCAUCUUUCCUCGCAUUGCUGACAUUUCCAGGUAUCACGCCGUGGGUCAACCCCGACGACCUCAAAUUCUACUUUCAGGAAAUUCACAGAAUCUCAAGUAGCUGACUCCGCCCGGGCGCUGCACUUGAGAAAGACUUGCCAACCAUGCUCUAGGUGCACACGUGCAGAACGCUUUCCCAACAUCCAAAGACAUCCGCGCCGCGGAGCAGAAGAUGCACGAACGCAACAUCCUUCACAGCGAUUGGUAG